CGGUCCUUCAGACUUACUUCCCCGUGCAUUCCUUGCGGUGAAUCUGUUUGUUUCCCUUUUUCCCCGUACCCACAGCCUGGAUUUCUCCUAUAAAUCCUGCAUCCUUCCUUCACAUCUCCUCAUAGAGUCCCACUCUCAUACAUAACCGCAUUACACACACAACCCUAUCACCAUGUCCGUCGUGUCGCUCCUUGGGGUUAAAAUCCUCAACAACCCGGCCCCUUUCACGGCCUCCUAUCAGUUCGAGAUCACUUUCGAGUGCUUGGAGCAACUGCAAAAAGAUCUUGAGUGGAAACUGACCUAUGUCGGUUCCGCCACUUCCUCCGAGUAUGACCAGGAACUCGACUCCCUCUUGGUCGGCCCCAUCCCCGUCGGCGUGAACAAGUUCAUCUUCGAGGCCGAUGCGCCCGACUUGCAACGCAUCCCCUCCUCCGAAAUCCUGGGUGUUACCGUCAUCCUCUUGACCUGCAGCUACGACGGCCGCGAGUUCGUCCGUGUUGGCUACUAUGUCAACAAUGAGUACGACUCCGAGGAGCUGGCAGCAGAGCCCCCAGCCAAGCCCGUCAUUGAGCGUAUUCGCCGCAAUGUCCUCGCUGAGAAGCCCCGUGUGACUCGCUUCGCGAUCAAGUGGGAUUCCGAGGAGUCUGCCCCAGCAGAGUACCCCCCUGACCAGCCUGAGGCUGACAGACUGGACGAUGACAGCAAUGCCUACGGUGCUGAGGAGGCCGAGCUCGAGGCUGCCCUCGUCAAGGAGCUCGAGGAAGCCAACAAGCAGGGUGAUGACCAGGAGAUGGAGGGUGGCGAGGUCACUGCUGGCAAUGACGACGACGAUGUCUCGGACGCUGGUAGUGAGGACCUCGAGGAGGAGAGUGAAGAUGAUGAUGACGAGCUGGAUGAGGAUGAGGCUGCUGAUGGCGAUGAGGACGUUGAGAUGGGUGACGACUCGGAGCAGAAGGAUGAGUCUGGCAAGCCUGCCCACCAGGCCCAACCCGAGGUCAUGGUGCACUAAAAGCUCCCUUUCCCUAUGGAUUGAUCCUUUUCUCGUUUCCCAGAGCCAUGUUCUUUGCCUCAUUCCCUCUUCCCAUGCUCUUUGAUGACCGUCAGUAUGCAACGUUUAUGACACCUUGACCAAACUAUUUUACCCUCAUGUUCUCCUCAUUUUAUCAUCUUACCAUGCUCUUAGUUCAACGUUGGCGUUGAAUUGGGUCUACGAAAUAGAACUCAUCUUGAUUUUAAAGAGA